UAACAACUCCGCCGCGCACCCACCUCCCCUCGCCGGUAUCGUGUCCUCGUUCACGCCCAACCCACCCCACCCCAUUUCUCCGACCUCCGAUGCCGGAGCGCCGCAACGUAGCCGGAGAUCCGCCGUACUGGUGAUCCCCGGAUAACAACGAUGGACCGCCUCUUGCUGUCCCGCCCCCCGAUGCCCACCCCCGUCCGCGCCGCUGCCACGGCCGCAGAUGGCGACCUCCUCGAGCUCGACGUCCUCUGGCCCGCCUCUUCAGCUCCCGGACUCCUCGCCGCGCUUCCCGAUGACGAGGCUAAGAAGAAGCAGAAGCGCGCGGGCGGCCCUGCCGUCCGAUCCGCCGCCCGCGCCGUCCCGGAGAAGGCCGCGUUGACCCCGUCGUCGGCGGCGAGGUCGGCUCCGGUGCGCAUACCUUCGGAUGCUGCGGCGCGGAGAGGGAGGUGGUCCCACGUCGUCGGCGGCGGCGACGACGGGGACGCCAUGGUCCCGCCGCACGAGAUCGUCGCGCGGCGCGCGGCAGCGCACAGCUCGGUGCUGGAGGGAGCCGGGAGGACGCUCAAGGGCCGCGACCUCCGCCGCGUACGCAACGCCGUCCUGCGCCGCACCGGCUUCCUCGACUGAGAGGCGGAGGCGAGUCGCCUCGUCGCUUUCGCGAUAAAGUUUUGACUUCUGUUAAUUCCCCCCUUUAGUUCCAUCCGUUGCGUUUCCGGCAGUUUUGAUUUCAUUCCCCGAUGGGAAGGGGAUGAAAAGUAAAGAGGUGAGGUGAGAUGAGUGAGCGAGAAUUACAACACGACAAUAACAGUGCUGUUCCAUUCCAUCACAUUAUAUAUAUGGAAAUUUUGGCCAUUAUGUUUGUUCAAUCAGUUCGUAUGUUGUGUUUCACGAUGAAGUGAAAAAUCUAGGCCUGGGUUCUAUGCGAAAUGCUGUUCCUGACGAAUUAUGUUGGGCUCCUAGCUUCUAUAGUGCCAGAUGCAGAGAAUCAGGUCGAAGAUGCAUAAUGAAAUUCUUUGGUGGUUGCAUUUUGGACGCCAAAGGAUUGUUGAAUUGGCUAUCUGCUCAGAGGCUUGUGCUUAGUCUACUAUCGUUGAUCAUGUCUUCUUAGAUUUGGAUCAUAGCAUGUUUCCAUUUCUAGCUAAUGGUGGAGAAAAUUAAGCGCUAUAAUUGUUAUCAGCAUAGCAGUACUGGUUACGUUGUAGUUCUGUGUCGUGGAAAUUUUAUUGCCGUUAAAACAUUUGUAUUGGUUAUGGGUUAUCAAAUGUGGUAAUAAUUAGUUGGUAUUUUGUUUC